AUAGACUUGUCCUAUGAUUCAGCAAUACCACUCCUGGUCAAUGAGUCAAGCAGAAAAUUAUGGAAUCAACAAUACUUCACUUUAACAUUUCCCAAACCACCCCAGCCAGGUAGAAAAAAGAGAUCAAGACCUUCAGAAUUACAAAUCACAGUUCCUAGACAUGACAAAAGAAAUUUAGAGGAAGUUCAGAAGCCAGCUCAUAUAUGGAUAAGGCAUUCUUUAAGAAAAAAUUUUCCGAGGCCAUCUAUUUACUUAACUGUCAGGAGACAGACUUCAUUCAGACAUCCUUAUUCUCCUAUAACCCAUCCUAAAAAGGCACAAACUAAAAGGUCCAAAGAUGACAAUAAAGGAACAACUCUGAAGAAAGUUUCCAAAAAAAAUACAGGCUCACAUGAAACAACUCCAGAAUACAAGAAAACAGUAAAUGAUGAUAAACCUAAAAGAGGAAAUGAAACAGAUAAUACUCCAUCAAAAUCAUCCCAUGAAAGUAAACUAUCUGAGAAGUCAAAGUGUAAAUCAGAAACAAUCCCAGAAUCCAAAUAUUCUAAUUCAAUCUCAAUAAAACAUCAAAAAAAGGAUAAGAGAGAUUCAAAAAAUUCCAAGGAGACAGAUAUUGAAUCCAUAUGUACAAAGAAGUAUUCUAAGAGCUCAAAACACAAUUUGGAUGUCGAAUCAGAGACUAGCUCAAAAAGUAGUUCAAAUAUGGAUUCAGUGAUGUGUUUUGAAGAGUCUGGUGCUGAACCCAUGGAAUUUGAUAUGUGGUUAAAGAAUUACUCACAGAACAAUUCAAAGAAGCCUCCAAAGAAGGAUGCAAAAAAGGAUGCAAAGAAGGGUUCUGAUGCUGAAUCUGUAGAUUCAAAAGAUGCAAAGAAAGAGUCAAAGAAGGGUAAGAAAGAUGGUAAAAAAGAUGAUAAGAAAAAGGGUGCAAAGAAGGAUGCUGGGUCCACUGAUGCAGAAUCUGGAGACUCAAAGGAUGCAAAGAAAGAUUCAAAGAAGGGUAAGAAAGAUGGUAAGAAAGAUGAUAAGAAAAAGGAUGCAAAGAAGGAUGCUGGGUCUACUGAUGCAGAAUCUGUAGACUCAAAGGAUGCAAAGAAAGGUAAGAAAGAGUCAAAGAAAGAUGAGAAGAAAAAAGAUGCCAAGAAGGAUGCAGAGUCUACUGAUGCAGAAUCUGUAGACUCAAAGGAUGCAAAGAAAGAUUCAAAGAAGGGUAAGAAAGAUUCAAAGAAAGUUGGCAAGAAAAAGGAUGUCAAGAAGGACACCAGUUCUACUGAUGCUGAUUCUGAAUCUGAAAGGGAUUUUAAAAAGGGUAAAAAAGAUUCAAAGGAGAAGAAAGGUUCAAAGAAAGAUGUCAAAAAGAAGUCUGCAAUGAAGUCUGAAGAGUCUACUGAAACUGAGUCUGACUGGGAGUCAAAGAAGGAUAGAAAAGAUGCAAAGAAAAUUAUGCAAGAUUCAAAGAAAGGCGCCAGGAAGGAUGCAAUAAAGGACGUAGAGUCUACUGAUGCUGAAUCUGAUGUGUCUUCCAAGAAAGACCUAAAGAAGCCCCAAAUAGUCAGAAGCUCAGAUGCUGAAUCUGAAGAGUCACUGUAUAAACUUGGGCCUAAAAAGAGAGAAGCUGAUGAAUCAGAUGCCACAUCUACAGAUUCAAAGAAGGAAGCACAGAAUCUAAAGAGAGAAUUCAAAAUGCCAUCCAGAAGGACUACAUUCAAACAAAAAGAAAAAAAAAUAGGUGCAGGUAGAGUUCCUCCAUCAAGGGAAAGACCACCACUACCUCCUUGUGAGCCUUUACUGCCAUCACCUAGGGUCAAACGUCUCUGUCAGUGCCAGAUGCCUCCUCCACCUCCAAAACCGAGAUAUGCUCCUUUGGCUUUGUAUCUUUACCCUGUUUUGGAAGCUCAGCUUGCUGUUUCCAGAGGCCCUCCAUUGGCGCCCUCUUCUGUGCUGCUCCCAGUACCUGUCGGCAAGCAGAUCGAGCCUCCUCCCAACACAGGGUCAGGUGCAGCUCUCCUUUGCUGUGGGCGGGUGGGUCACUGCCCCUCCCGAUGCCACAGUCAGAUGAUGCAGACAGGCCAGGUAGGAGGGCGGGUCGUGUCCUCUCCCAGCACCAUGGUCAGGGGCUGCGUUCCUGCCGGAAAGGCUGGGGGCCACCCGCCCUCUCCAGAGACAGUCGCUCCGCUGCUCUGUGCAGCUCUGCUCUCCGCCUCAGGUUGGCGCUCUGCAGGGGCCCCAGAAGGGGGAGAAAGAUCAAAGGGGAUUGAAAAGGUUUUUGAAGGAAUCAUGACCGAAAACUUCCCAAACUUAAAGAAGGAAUCAGAUAUCCAAGUACAGGAAGCUCAGAGGGUCCCAAACAGGAAGAACCCAAGUAGACCCACACCAAGACAUAUCAUAAUCAAGAUGGCUAGAGACAAGGAUAAAGAAACGAUUCUAAAGGCAACAAGAGAAAAGCAAAGGAUUUUUGGCGUCUCUACCUUUUGGAGAGGACGAUGUUCUGUCGGAGUUCUGCAGGUGCUCUGGUUAGCUGAGUGGGUCUGUGGAUUGCCUGUAGGCAAGCAGAUUGCACCUCCUCCCAACACUUGGUCAGGUGCUGCUCUGCUUCACUGUGGGCGGGCAGGACACUCACCCUCCUGGUGCCUCAGUCAGAUGUUGCUGAUGGGCUAUGUUGGCGGGCGGAUCACGACCCCUGCCAGCACUGAAGUUAGGUACUGCAUUCCUGCCCGAAAGGCCGGUGGCCACCCGCUCUCUCCCGGCGCCAGUGCGCCCCCGCUCUGUGCAGCUGCCCACUCUUCCUCAAGUCAGCACUCCGUAGGCGGGCUUGGGGAAGACCACAGAACAGCCCCACCCUUGCUCUGUGUCAAAACUUACCUCCUUGUUUGUCUUGGUGAUGCGAGUUCUCUGAGGGACCAGGGUGGAAGGAUCCUAUCUGCCUCAGGCUGUAAACAAGUCUCCCUCUGGCCUUUGAAGCUGCUAAGCCCUUAG